CCCCAAGAAUCCAUAUGACAUUGGGCCCCUUAAAAAUAUUUUGAUGACAUUGAUAAUAUCGCGCCCUAGACAUUUUUGGCCUGAUCCAAGCUGAGGGCCCCGAACAUUACCGUAGGGGAAUUCGGUUUUGAGGUGUGGCUGUGCAAAUACUCGGAUAAAAUUAUAAGUAAUCCUUGUGUGCAAAAUAAAACGGAAUGGGGUAGUAUGGGAGAGUGCGCGCGGACAGCUGGAGUUCCGGGUAUUAAACAGCAGUAAUGCCUCUACUCCUGCUUCAGAGAUGCUCUAACGAAUCGUGUGUAAUCCGCUCUGAUGUCGCCGUAAAGAGGGGAGGGCCUGGGGUGAACGCCGGAGGGGGGGACGAGGGAGGAGCCGUAUGCGAACGCAGAUUGACCGCUGCACGGCGUGAGUGUGACGGACAGGGAAGAUGGUGGCUGAAAGGAGAUCGGACCGGAUUUAGAGAGCUAUGAAACGUCGCUAAUCACAAACAGAGCCCCUGAGCCAUGAGCUACACCCAGAAGGCAGAGUCGGCGGAAGGGGCUGGAAGCCACAGGGCCCCGCCCACUCAGCGUCACAGGCAGGCCAAUGGGAGAGUGGGGACGGGGGAGGGGGUGCGGUCCGGGUGGCGGCCAUGCCAACAGCACAGCCAGGCCGUCGAGGCCCCUGACGAGAGGCAGAACCAUCACCAUGGUAACCAGCAGCGUUACCGCAGACACGAGUCGUCGGGCAGGGGCGGCGGCGGGCGAACGCGAGGGCCCCGAGGGCCGGCGCAGGAGGGAGGAGCUCAGCAGCAGCAGCAGCCCCGCCCAGGCGUGACCCGCUACCGUCGGGCCCAGCAGCCCAGACACAAGCACCGGGAGCAGGGAGAGGCGGAGCCCCACCGUGCAGCGGGAGGAACGAGUGGCCCCACCAUGGGGAGCGAGGAGUGGGCAGGUGCGGGUCCAGGAGUCGGGCUGGAGGGUGACGCAGAGACACUGUCAGGCCCGCCGGGGGAUGUAGGGAGUUUAAAUGCCAUGCGGUUCCACACGGACACAGGGCGACAUACACCCAGUGUACACGCCCUGCGUCCAAAUCCUGCUCCAGCUCCAGCUCCACCCUCACAUUCCCCGGACCAUUGCAAUGCGGACUUGAACUCCGAAUUCUCAAAAUGCAGACGCACCCACCGGCAGGGAGAGCAGAGGACGGAACAAACCACAGAACCCAAAGCGGAACCCAAAACGGAACCAACCGGUGGACCUCAUGCAAAACCGACCGUUGAACCAUUUGCAGAAUCAAACGCAGAACCCUACAGAGAACCCAGCACAGAACCCAGUACAGAACCUCAUUCCUACACAGAGAGAAAUGCAGAACCACGCACAGAAAGUCACACAGAGCCCUACACAGAGUCUUGCAAAGAGCCCUACACAGAGUCAUACACAGAGUCCUACAGAGAGCGGCACCCAGAGUCCCACACAGAUACACCAGGGCAGCUGGGACAGGGGUAUGAGGACAUUGAGGGGGAGUGGGAGGGGGAGUGGGUGCGGCAGACGGCCCUGCAGCUCCGUAGGGCGGGGCUGCGCCUCUUUGAGCAGGGGGGGCUGUGGCAGCGUCGCACGGUGGGGUCCCGGCUGCACCACUACGACGGGCUGUCAGACGGGGAGUCGGACAGCCCCGAAAAGGAGCCGGAGGUCCCUCUUUCCCCAUGGGAGCGGGAUGGGGAGAAAGCUGAGACUGCUGUCAGGAGGAGACGGAGGUCAUGGAGUUUGGACAGGGCUUUGGGUGAAGAAGGAGACUGGCCAGAGUCAGAACAGGCUGCUCAGAGGGAGCUGGGACCAGGCAAGCCCCAGGAUGAGCAGGCCUCCCAGGGGGACCUGGGACCAGGGGAGCCCCAGGAUGAACAAGCCUUCCAGGCAGAACUGGGACCAGGUGAGCCCCAGGAUGAACAAGCCUUCCAGGCAGAACUGGGACCAGGUGAGCCCCAGGAUGAACAAGCCUUCCAGGCAGAACUGGGACCAGGUGAGCCCCAGGAUGAACAAGCCUCCCAGGGGGACCUGGGACCAGGUGAGCCCCAGGAUGAACAAGCCUCCCAGGGGGACCUGGGACCAGGUGAGCCCCAGGAUGAACAAGCCUCUCAGGGGGACCUGGGACCAGGUGAGCCCCAGGAUGAACAAGCCUCUCAGGGGGAGCUGGGACAAGGCGAGGCCCAGCAGGAGCAGGCUUCUCAGAGGAUGCUCGGACCAGGCAGGCUCCAGGAUGAACAGGCCUCCCUGGGGCAGUUAGGACCAGGUGAGCUCCAGGAUGAACAGGCCUCCCUGGGAGAACUGGGCCCAGGCAAACCCCUGCUUGAACAGGCCUCCCAGGGUGAACUGGGACCAGACAAGUCCCAGCAGGAGCAGGCUUCUGAGAGGAAGCUCGGUCCAGGCAAGCUCCAGGAUGAACAGGCCUUGCAGGGGAACUUAGGACCAGGCGAGCCCCAGGAUGACCAGGCCACUCAGGGGAAGUUGGGACAAGGUGAGCCCCAGGAAGAACAGGCCUUGCAGGGGAAGUUAGGACCAGGCGAAACCCAGGAUGAACAGGCCUCCCAGGGGAAGUUAGGACCAGGCAAGCCCCAGGAUGAGUACGGAGAAGGCGAACAGAAUUGGGGGAGGAGAGACUCCCUCUCUUUGGCUAUAAAGGACAUUAAGGAGGCCAUCCAAGAGGUGAAAACUCGGACCAUACGCUCACCCUACACCCCUGAGGAGCCCAUGGAUCCCGUCUGGGUGAUGAGGCAGGACCUCAGCCCCACAGCGGAGUGUGACCAGCAGCUAUCGCUGGGCAGUGAUUCUCUGGACUCAGGCUCCGCCUCUCCUUUGGGGGCGGAGUCUACCAACAGACAGCAGCUGCAGGAGGCGAAUUACAGCGCUGAGUCUCCACCCAGCCAAGAGCCGAGGAAGACCUUAGCCUCAUUCCCAACCUAUGUGGAUGUUCCGGGACCAUGUGACCCUGAGGAUCUGAUCGAUGGGAUCAUAUUUGCGGCAAAUUACCUGGGCUCCACCCAGCUACUAUCUGACAAAACGCCGUCGAAGAGUGUGCGCAUGACGCAAGCACAGGAGGCCGUCAGCCGAGUCCGGAUGGCAAAAAGCAGGAAGAAGUGCCAGCAGAGUCCAGAGGUCCAGACCCCGGUCACCACUGAGGUGGACCUGUUCAUCUCCACACAGAGAAUCAAAGUGCUGAACGCAGACUCACAGGAGGCGAUGAUGGACCACCCUCUGAGGACCAUCUCCUACAUCGCCGACAUUGGGGACAUCGUGGUGCUCAUGGCUCGCCGCAGGAGGCCCCGCCCCCGAUCGCAGGAGCUGGGGGAGGCCGGUGACCCCGCCCCGGAAGGGAGGGGCCAGUGUACUGACCCCGCCCCGGAAGGGAGGGGCCUGUGCAACGACCCCGCCCAGGAGGAGAGGCGCCAGUACAGGAUGAUCUGCCACGUCUUUGAGUCUGAGGAUGCCCAGCUUAUCGCGCAGUCGAUUGGCCAGGCCUUCAGCGUGGCGUACCAGGAGUUCCUGCGCGCCAACGGCAUCGACCCCGAGGACCUGAGCCAGAGGGAGUACAGCGACCUGCUCAGCACGCAGGACAUGUACAACGAUGACCUCAUCCACUUCUCCAAGUCCGAGAACUGCAAAGACGUGCACAUAGAGAAGCAGAAGGGGGAGAUUCUGGGCGUGGUCGUGGUGGAGUCGGGGUGGGGCUCCAUCCUCCCCACGGUCAUCAUCGCCAACAUGAUGCACGGGGGCCCGGCCGAGAAGUCCGGCCGCCUGAGCAUCGGGGACCAGAUCAUGUCCAUCAACGGCACCAGCCUGGUGGGCCUGCCCCUCACCACCUGCCAGAGCAUCAUCAAGGGGCUGAAGUCUCAGCCGCGGCUCAGACUCAACAUCGUCCGGUGCCCCCCAGUCACGACGGUGCUGAUCCGAAGACCGGACCUCAGAUACCAGCUGGGCUUCAGUGUACAGAACGGCAUUAUCUGCAGCCUUAUGAGGGGCGGGAUCGCGGAGAGGGGCGGGGUCCGCGUCGGCCACCGCAUCAUCGAGAUCAGCGGUCAGAGCGUGGUGGCCACGCCCCACGAGAGGAUUGUGAACAUCCUGUCCAGUGCCGUGGGAGAGAUCCACAUGAAGACGAUGCCGGCUGCCAUGUACCGCUUACUGACUGGCCAGGAGCAGCCCGUCUACAUCUGACCUAACCGCGCUGCUACUGAGCGUGCUCAGAAACCCGCGAAGGGCGUGUGGUGGUGCUCGUUUGGUGCACCGUGGUUUAAGCGUGGCGACAGUAUGGUCUCUCUAAGUAACCAUGGUGACGGUGCGGUUUCUCUGUGUCACCUCUCUUAUUUAUUCACUCAGUUUUCAACCUUGUUUCAUUUCCACGUCUGAAAGAUGUUAAGCUACUCUUCGCGAGAUUCAUCUUAUUUAUUUUAUUUAUUUAUUUUCAUUAUUGUUGUGGUUACAUGGUUAUUUAUUUAGUAGCUUUCACUUAAGUACUUGAAUCGGAGAAAGGCCAUGUCUGUCCUCUGAAUUUUAUGAAAUGUCUUUCCUAUAGCACUUUUUCAAAGAGCUCCCAACUGAAUACAUCACAAUAAAAUAAGUAUUGAAACGUCGGUUAAAAGUUCGACCACUAACGUAAGGGGACAAUGAGGCUUCACUGCAGGUUCGGAGGUUGAAGACACGGCAAUUCCAGGGCCAGUUUCUGCACGUUACUGUUUACAAAAGCGAACACCGCAAUAAUAAAUGUGUAAAAAAAAAAAACACCGCAGCUGGCUACACACUUUAAAGAG